ACGACACGAGACGAGCGCACAAAGUCGGUCCGUCUGUCAGGCCAUCGAGACGAGCCUGACGCGACGAAGGGGACGGACGGCGGGAGGUGGUGCUGGCGGCCGCGAUGGAGUUUCUGAUAUCUGCACGGGCGCUCGCGAACGCGAUCUGAUCCCAUUUGAAUUGGAUCGAAUUGGAUCGGAUCUGAGAGAGAGAGAGAGAGAGAGAGAGAGAGAGGAGGAGGAGCAGGAGGAGGAGGCGAGGAAGCAAAUCUGGGGCCAUGACGCGGCUCUGGUUCAACUCGAAAGUUCUGUUCGGAGUCGCGGCCGUUUGUUUCGUCCUCGUGCAGGUGAAGCUUUUUUCAUCGCAAAGUCAGUAUGCAGAUCAAAUUGCAACUGCGAUUAAAAACGAAAACGAGUGCACAGCUCGAUCGAGGAAGAUGAUAGAUCAGCUUAGUACAUACCACGGGAAAGUGAUAUCGCUUCAAGAAGAGAAGAACAAAUUGGCACUCAACAACCAAUAUUUGAGCACUGUCAUUGACGAUCUCAAAAGACACGAGAAAGUGGUGAAGCCGUCCCAGGAUGACAACGGGGAAUACAUUGCAGCGGUUGUUAUUAUGGCCUGCAAUCGCCCUGACUACCUGGAGAGAACGAUAAAAUCUGUCUUGAAGUAUCACACUCCGGUUGCAUCGAAGUUCCCUUUAUUUAUAUCUCAGGAUGGAUCAUUCAUAGGGGUGGAAAAUAUGGCCAGAAAUUACCCGGAGUUCCAUUUCAUGCAGCACUUGGACUUUGAACAACCCAAGACGGCCCAUUCUGGAGAACUGAUCGCCUACUAUAAAAUAUCCAGUCACUACAAAUGGGCGCUGUCGCAGCUUUUCGGUACGAGGAAGUAUCGUCGGGUCAUUAUUUUGGAAGAUGACAUGGAGGUAGCCCCAGAUUUCUUUGACUACUUUGAGGCCAUGGCCGAUCUGCUGGACCGGGACAGCUCCCUGCUGGCGGCUUCCUCUUGGAAUGAUAAUGGUCAAAGGCAAUUUGUUCAUGACUCAGAGCUCUUGUACCGUUCAGAUUUUUUUCCUGGUCUUGGGUGGAUGCUCAACAAGAACAUUUGGGAAGAGCUCGCUCCUAAGUGGCCUGCUGCAUAUUGGGAUGAUUGGUUGAGACUGGGCGCGAACCGAAAGGGACGGCAUAUUAUUAGACCUGAAGUAUGCAGGACCUAUAAUUUCGGCGAGCAUGGCUCAAGUAUGGGGCAGUUUUUCAAACAGUACCUCGAGCCAAUCAAGCUGAACGAUAUGCCGGUAAACUGGAAAGCAGCAAACCUUAGUUAUCUGCUUGAGCCCACUUACUCCGCAGAAUUUGGAGCUGCUGUGGCCCGAGCGAUGCCGGUAUCUGCAGACAGGGCUUUGCAGGAAGCUUCGAAAGUGGAUGGAGAUGUUCGGAUUGAGUACAGUAGUCAAUCUGCGUUUGAGCAUCUUGCUGCCCAAUUUGGCGUAUUUCGAGAGUGGAAGGAUGGCGUUCCGAGAACUGCAUACAAAGGAGUAGUUGUUUUCCGAUGGCAAGGUUCAAAGAGAGUGUUCUUUGUUAGCUCCGAAUCUCCACUUAUACAGGACCAAUGAUGGAUUCGAUCAUCCUAAUGUAGGAGUAGCAAGCUAGAAUGCCAACAUUGAUUUUAGUUGUUGGCUCAUGGAUGGCCUAUUUCGUAUCAUGAUCACCUUUACCACAUGUAACUAUAAAAUCAGUAAAAUUCGAGUCUCCU